UUGGAAUUACUUAAAAAAAUCUUGGAUACGUUAUCAGUUUUAUUUUGAGUUUUAUCUAUCCUUGAGAAAUUUUUACUAUUAAAAAAACGAUUUAAUUGAAUAAUAUUGAACAUCAUUAAAGAAAUUAAAUGGAAACUAACAACAUUAUGAAGAUGGUGCAAAAAUUAUUAAAUGUCUUCUAUGUACAACAGAAGGCGGCAAGCAGUGUUACCAAGUGUUGGAAAUGGAACAUUAGUGAAUUUACUGACAAUCAAGUUAAUUAUAAAUAUGCAGUACUUGUACUUAAUAGGAAAAUAUCUCAGAAAAAAGACUUUAUAAAGAAAAUAUGGAAUAAUGCAACUGUAAGAAUAGCAGUAGAUGGAGGAAUGAUACACUGGGAGAAAUUUGUAAAUAAUUUACCUGUAAAUGACCAGAAGACCAUGAAACUACCUGACCUGAUUACAGGAGAUUUCGACUCAAUAACUGAGGAUGUACUAGAAAAAUAUAAAAAGAAAGGUUGUAAGACUAUUCACACACCAGACCAGGAUCACACGGAUUUUACGAAGGCCUUAAAAGAAUUGAACAACUACUGUAUAGACAAUGUAAUUCAGAUGGAUCACGUUAUUGCGAUAGCUCAAAGCUCGGGAAGAAUAGAUCAAAUUCUAGGUAACAUUCAAACGUUACAUUUAGUCGGGGAGGAGAGCUUGCUGCGACCAGAGACCAAAAUGUAUAUAAUGUCUGAUGAUUCUCUAACAUGGCUCCUAAAUCCGGGAGAUCAUAUCAUUGAAAUACCAGAAGAAAGCAGACGAUUUAAAGGUUGUUGGUGCGCGUUGAUACCAGUGGGCGAAGUCUGUGAAAGUGUUACCACAAAUGGACUAAAAUGGAACUUAGACAAACAGCAGUUGAAAUUCGGCCGAUUAGUGAGCACGUCAAACACAUUCGAUGGGUCCGAACAAGUGAAAAUCAAAUGCAGCCACACACUCCUUUGGGCAAUGGAAGUACCUAGUUUGACAAACGUACAUUCUGAUUUGGAAUAAUAAUUGUAAGUGUAUUGUAGACAUGAUGAGUUUAUUGAAGUCAAUAUAUAUAUUUGUAUAUAAAAAUGUAUAUAUAUACAAAUGUACAUAUAAGUGUGAAUCAAAACCCUGACCAAAAGUUGUUGAAGCAAUUAGUUUUAAUUUUUUGUUAAAUUAUUAUCAAUGGUUAUUUUUGAAAUUUAAUUGGAUGUGAAUUUUUCUAUUGAUUAUCUUUUUAAAGAAAAAUAUUUCUUACACCAAAUACAACCUCUACUUCUUUUUGGUCGGCCUAAGUUUGUAUAAGCAAGCCUUUUAUAUGUAAUAAACAUUAAUAUUUAUUGAUUACAUUCUAAAUAUUAUUUUCAUUCAUAAAUUCAGUUUAAAUAAUUCGAAUUAAUCAAAUAAAAUGUUUUCAAAUCAAUUUCAAUUUGGAAGUUUAUAAACAAUGUCAAUAUCUCUUAAAGUUUAAUUCCUACUUAUUGUUGAUCAUAUUAGUUAUAACAGUAAAUGUUCCUUUUGUCUAAAGGAACAUUUACCCAGCCUAGCCCAGCCCAGCUAAAAUUGUCCCACUGCUGAGGAAAGGCCUUAAGAUUUGGUAGAUUUACACGACUGUGGCAAACUUCAUCGGACACAUGCAAGUUUACUCGUGAUGUUUAUUUUGACGUCGAACAUGAGAUAAAUUUUAAACAAAAUUAAGCACUUGAAAUUCAAUGUUUCUUGUCCAGAUUUGUACACAUGUACUUUGGACUUCUUCGUUUAAAUUCAGUGCAGAAUCUUUUCUUCUCUUCUUUGCUCUGCUAAUAAAAUAAGUUUAAAAAAAACGACAGAUGUGCUUAAAUAUAAUAAUAAUAUAAACUUGCCCAGUUGGUACCGACACCGAAUCAGGCUUAUACAAAAUGUCCUAUCUACCUCUGUAUAAUUAUUAUUAUAAAGUGGUUGUGUUGUUUAUUUAUUCAAUAAGAUGUAAACCUUAGUUAAUAAUUUUUAGGCACAAAAUAUGGUUUAUAUAAUACAAAUGGUACAUUAAAAUGUAUACUAUUUGCUGUGACUUAAAAUGAAAUGUAUUCUUUUUUUAUAAAAAGUUUCAUCCAUUAUUGGAUAGCAUAAAAAUAUUACUUAAUUGUGGACAUUUAGUCAAACAUUAUCUAUUAUUGUAAUUUUUUUUUUCGUAAAAUUUCUCAUAAGUCUCGUGGGGGUUCUAGUUAUUAAUAUAUUUAAAUCGUAUUAUAAUACAGAUUUCAUGAAAAAUUCCUGAAUAUAUAAAUAUAUGUAGGAUGAAUUACUCAUCUUUUAUUUUCAUUGUUUAAAGAUUUUUUAUAUGUUAUGUCGGUAUUUGUGAUUAAUUUCUCAGAAAUUAUUAUUAUACCAUGACUUAAGGUAUACAUAUAUUAUUAAAAUAAAAAAAAAAUUAAAGUGCUUUUUAAUAAUAUAAGUUUGAAACAGAAUUUUGAAGAAGAUAAUUUUAACUAGAGAUUUUGAUAUCGGCGGUUGUGUUUAAUAGGUUAAGCGUCGCCAUAGUAAUAGUAGAUAGGGUAGUUGGGGAUGCUUGGUGCUGAUACAUAGUGUGUAGGUUAGACAGAAUGACAAUAUAUUUAGGUUCAUAAAAACGAGAUACAAAUUUACACGUUUAAAACCAAAAUAGGGAUUACCUAUCAAUAGUACUGAAGCCUUUUCCUUAUACUUCAAGGCUGACGGUUUUGCCUUGAAGUCUUGAAAAAUAAGUCUAGAUUGAUUUUUUAAAACAUCAGUACUUACUAUUAACAGGUCAAAUGUCUCCAUUGUUUUAGCAACCUCUUGAUGGUUCUCAAUGUAUAUAAUUAUACAGGUUAUACUAGGUAAUCCUAGGUAUUAUUAUUCAUCAUAAAAUAAUAGAACUGUUGACA